GAGUCAGUCGGUCGGUCCGCCAGGCAACAAAGGCGCCCGUGAGAAGCGCUCAGUCAACAUUUGGACGCGGCGGUGAGCACCGUCGAAAUGGAGGCUCGCCGUGUCAGCCGACCGACGGCCGUCACAACGGUGGCCGACGAAGAGCGUGGUGUACCCGGCGUCACGUGGAGCCGCUGCAAAGAACUGCUGCUCGACUUUCACUUCAACGUCGACCGGAUAUUCUAUCGGAUCGGAUAUAGUAUAGCCACGAAACCAUGGAUUUGGCUGACGACAUGCGUGUGCCUAAAUCUCGUCUGUGGUUUCGGAUUGUUGCUCUGGAGGGAGGAGGUCGACGAUAUCGAACUUUUCAUGCCUGUCGGUUCUAUAUUUCGCAAGGAUGCCGCCUGGGUGAAGGAGCACUUCCGAGACGAUCUCCGACACGAAAGUAUCCUCAUCACUGCCCCCAAUGUGCUGGACCCUAAAGUGCUGCGAUCGAUAAGAGACAUUGAAAAAGAUGUAAAGAGUAUAGUGGUGAAUAAUAAUUCCUGGGAAGAUGUGUGUGCAGGACAUUUCACAUGGUUCCAAGAAAAUGACAAGUGGGAAACGAUGAAUAAAACCGAGUUUCCCGAGGAAUAUCUACCACUUAUAAAUGAUACAAUGAUGAAGGAACCUUGUGUCCAAAAAUCGCUUCUAAAACUAUGGCAGAAAGACGGUGGAAAGGAUAUUGAUAACUUGACAAAAUUAGAGAUACUAGAGGACAUAACUGCAACUAUGCAACAUACAAAUGCUAAAAAUAUACUUUCCGACAUUGCACCGUUGCUGGCGGGCGUCGAGUACGAGGAGAAUGGACAGGUGAGGAGUGCGAAAGCGACGAUUUUGUACUGGGUGCUGAAGAAGUCCAAUCCGCACUCGCCGGAAUGGGAAGUGGAAUUCAUCAAUAGGGUACUACAUUCGAAUCGCACUCUUCCGACGGGUAUGGAGAUCUAUGCGGUCACGUUACGUAGUUACGACGAUAUGUUGCACGAGGUGGUCAAUAGCAAUAUGACCGUGCUUUUCUGUGGCAUGUCGCUGAUCUCGAUCUACGUGAUCGUGAUGAUCAGUCGUUGCAACGCGAUGCAACAGCGGAUAUAUCUGUCCCUGAUGGGGAUCUGCGUGGUCGGCCAGGCUCUUCUGUCGUCCUACGGGCUGUGCUUCUACAUGGGAUUUAUGUACGGGCCGGUGCAUGCGAUCCUACCAUUCCUGCUACUCGGCAUUGGUGUCGACGACAUGUUCGUCAUUAUGCAGAGCCUCGAGACCCUGCUGUGCAUCAACAUCUGGGCCAUAUUUCAGCUGCAACAGAACUUUGAUGCGCUCAUGUACUUGAAUCAGGAAUCUUACCCAAUACAGUUUAACAACAAACUGAUGAAAUACUUUCCAAGAUACGGCAAGAACGUCAAUAUAUAUCUGACGGGCGUGGAUUAUUAUGAGGAUCGCGAAGCGCUGUUUCAACUAGUGGAGAAUCUCAGACGGGACCCGUACGUCAAUAAUCACACUCUCGACCCAUGGUUCGUAGCGUAUGAGAAGUGGUUGAACAUCACUGGCAAAGCGCAAUACAUCGAGGAUAAAGACGAGUAUUACAAUAUUCUCACGGAAUAUCUGUUAUUCUCGGUGAAAGGCCAAGCGUACAUUCAGGAUAUAAAAUUCAGUAAAUUACCGUUUAACGACUACAACAUCACAACUUCGCAGAUUCCAGUACAACACAUUCCUAUCAGCACAACGUCCGAUCAGAUAAGAGCUAUGCAAGCAAUCAGAGAUGCCGUGAAAUCGGUGAACUUCACUUACGGGCACGAUUACAUUGCAAUUCACUCGACAGAUUUAAUAAGAUGGGCGACAAAUAAGAUAAUUGGCGAAGAACUAAUUAGGAACUUGAGUCUGGAGAUACUGGCGGUAGGAAUGGUAACAUUGGUAUUUCUUAGGAAUCUAAUCGCGUCAUUUUGGGUGAUGUGUUGCGUAUUGUUCACACUCAUCAAUCUUUUGGGCUCCAUGUACUUUCUAGGAUUGACUGUAGAAGUUUCAUCAAGUAUUACAAUUCUAUUGUGCGCCGGAUUGGCGGUCGAUUACGCCGCGCACAUCGGAUUGGAAUUUAUACGCUCAAGCGGCAGUAAACAAGAACGAGCACUGACAACAUUCAGCGUUAUUGGACCAGCAGUAUUGAAUGGUGGUUUGAGCACAUUUCUUGCCUUUGUCCUGCUAGGCUUUAGCCGAGCUUAUAUUUUUAUGACAUUCUUUAAGCUAUUUUCAUCCGUAAUAUUGUUUGGUUUGUUUCACGGAUUGUUGUUUCUGCCGGUAAUAUUGAGUUUAGCGGGACCUGGCGAGAGAAAAUCAAAAAGCAAGCAAAAGAAUCAAAUUAUGCAAUAUCAGAACGGCUAUUAUAGUGUUCAUCAAAAUGGGAAAGAUAUAGAAGAUACGCUUGCUAAAUAACAUUUUAGGAACAUUUUGAAAGGCUGCUUAGGAAAAAGUAUUUUUGUAGACAAUUUUAGAGCUGAAAUUUGUAUGACUGUGGAACGAAUGCGCGCGUGUUAUAUUGUGGUUGUCAAGGUAUGUUUUUUUCUCUUCUCCUACGUCUUUCCAUUCCUUUAUAAGAAAAAAUUGCUAACUAAAGAUAUCUUUUAUACAAAAGAAAAGUUA